AUGGCUGCACAAGCUCAGCUGAAAAGUGCACUGCACAGUUGCUUUCGGCAAGUACAUACUGACAUGUGUAUGCGCAUACGCCUCAAGGCCCCAGAAGUCGAGAACAACGAGCUCCCUAUCGAUACGCCUCAACCAAAGCAGCCACGCGAGAAGGCAGCGUGCAUCAGUGAUACAAAAACGUCGCACGCCACUUUGUGUGGUGGCGAUACGCUCCCAACUAGGGCACGUGUAGUAACACGUGGCUACUGA